ACACACUAACCCGGUCUGACAUGCAGACAUGCACACUGUGACGCAGCAGGACGUUACGUACACAUGGGAACACACCCGUCUACAGUCCAGUAAGGAACAUAAAAGAAUGAGACUUGUGAGCUGAGGGCUGAAGUUAUUCUCCACCAAUCUGGAACAGAGUUCCAUUACAGAGACACACUGCAGCAGACAUUACGGAUCCAUAACCAGCUUCAAGACUUCUAAAGGAUGAAGAACCUUAAACUUCUCAUCCUCUCUCUCUCCAUCUGCCUGUUGCUGGGCAACCUGGGGGUGAGUGGCUACAGUAAUGUCGAACCCUGCCAACGGUCCCGAUGCAAUAACUGCCAUGAAAAGUUCCUAUACCGGCAUGUGCGUCCAAAUACCCCGCUAACGACGGACCGCAACGCGUGGGAGAAGUAUCUACGUGAAAAUAAUGACUGCUCAAGACCCACGCAGUCCUUCCUCCAUCCCAAAGACCGGGAGAGGGUGGACGCGGUCUGCUCCAGCUCUGGGGGAAAGAGGUACCAGGGGAACCUGUGCAUCAGCCAAAGCCCGUUCACAUUUCUAACAGUGAGGAGUGAGACUGGGACCUGCGGUGUGUCCAGCGUGCGGGAAGAGACCAAGCAUUUGAUCCUGGCAUGUGAGGUGCUGGAGAACAGGUGUGUGCCGGUCCACUUCGAGGGGAACCGCGAGGGGAACAAGCCCGACAAUAACGCUGCAGGAUGUGGCAGCACGGAGAAAGGGAAGGGCUCAAGCUUCAAAGUAUCAGGAAUGUGGCUGGCAUCUUCAUUGAUACUCAUGUUUCUCUCACAACUCCUUUUCUGAACAGUUAAUGGGGGGGCAGAUAGUCAAACAAUACAUCAAAAGGAAGUUUGUUUUAAAGUGUCUGUCCUACACUCUAAAAAGAAAAGGUUCCUGGAGUAUCCUUUAGGGGUUCUUCAAAUGUAAUGUGUGGGUGAACCGCUAUGAGUUCUUCAAAGAACCCCUUUUAAUGGAUCCUCAGAGAACCUUUUGAAGAACCUUUGAGGUACAUUUUUUGAACGACCCCUCUCCCCUAUUAUUAAUAAAGGUAAUUCGCAUAACAAAAACAACAAUAACACAAUAUUUUAUUGUUCUCAGUGUUUAUUAUGAUUGUAGUGGCAAAAGCAGAAUAAUCUAAUCUAAAUAUGAGGUAAACUCCCAGCAGAGCCCAAGUCCAGUGGAAGUCCAAUGGAAGUAUAUCCUCUGGCGUGUUGAUGUUAUUGUGUUGAUGUUCUCCGUAUCCAUAGCCAGAAUGAGGCGUAUUUCUUUCUGUAAUAAUGCCCUUUUGUGGGGAACACUCAUUCUGAUUGGCUGGGCCUGACUCCCAGGUAGGAGGGCCUAUUCCCUCCCUGGCCCACCCAUGGCUGGGCCUGACUCCCCAGUAGGAGGGCCUAUUCCCUCCCUGGCCCACCCAUGGCUGGGCCUGGCUCCCCAGUAGGAGGGCCUAUGCCCUCCCUGGCCCACCCAUGGCUGGGCCUGACUCCCCAGUAGGAGGGCCUAUUCCCUCCCUGGCCCACCCAUGGCUGGGCCUGACUCCCCAGUAGGAGGGCCUAUUCCCUCCCUGGCCCACCCAUGGCUGGGCCUGGCUCCCCAGUAGGAGGGCCUAUGCCCUCCCUGGCCCACCCAUGGCUGGGCCUGACUCCCCAGUAGGAGGGCCUAUUCCCUCCCUGGCCCACCCAUGGCUGGGCCUGGCUCCCCAGUAGGAGGGCCUAUGCCCUCCCUGGCCCACCCAUGGCUGGGCCUGACUCCCCAGUAGGAGGGCCUAUUCCCUCCCUGGCCCACCCAUGGCUGGGCCUGGCUCCCCAGUAGGAGGGCCUAUGCCCUCCCUGGCCCACCCAUGGCUGG